ACUGCGCUGCGUUUCCGCCUUGGCUGAGCGGCGCACACAGCCGAGAGGGGAGGGGAGGCAAGCCGAGAAGAAGAGCGGAGCCACCGAGACGCAGUGGGGCACAGCACGGAGCGAAUUACACCGACGCACCCUAACAUCCCAGCAGUCCGUCUCCAAAUCUCCACGUCAAGAAGCGAACCUGUGCGGUGCGCGCCAGAGCUUUUCAGCAUGGAGACUGCGCUAAAAAACAAGCACUAAAAUGUGAGAUUAACAGAGGAAAUCAGAAGAGAGAGAGAGAGAGCGUGUGUGUGUUUGUGUGUGAGGGAGAAAGUGACUAUCCCCUUUAUCUUUUACGGGUGAUCUCAAUUCUGUGCUCUGUAGUCCGAAAAUGAAGAAGUUCAACAUCAGGAAGGUGCUGGACGGCUUGAAAGAGGUGUCCUCCUCCACCCCGUCUGUCCAAGUGGGGCCACAGGAGAACCAUCUGAUCCAGGAGACCAUCCAGUCCGACCAUUUCCAGCUCUGCAAGACUGUCCGUCAUGGAUUUCCCUAUCAGCCGUCGUCCAUGGCUUUUGACCCCGUGCAGAAGAUACUGGCCAUCGGCACCCAGAGUGGGGCUCUCAGAUUGUUUGGGCGCCCAGGUGUGGAGUGUUACUGCCAGCACGAAAGUGGAGCGGCCGUCAUCCAGCUACAGUUUCUUGUCAAUGAGGGUGCGCUGGUGAGUGCUCUGGCUGACGACAGUGUUCACCUGUGGAACCUGAGGCAGAAGAGACCAGCCAUCCUCCACUCUCUCAAGUUCAACAGAGAGAGAAUAACUUUCUGCCACCUGCCCUUCCAGAGUAAAUGGUUGUACAUUGGCACAGAACGAGGGAACAUCCACAUCGUCAACGUGGAGUCCUUUACGCUCUCAGGCUACGUCAUCAUGUGGAACAAAGCCAUUGAACUGUCCUCCAAGGCUCACCCUGGACCAGUUGUCCACAUAAGUGACAAUCCCAUGGAUGAGGGAAAGCUUAUAAUUGGAUUUGAGUCUGGGAUCGUGGUCCUGUGGGAUCUGAAAUCAAAGAAGGCUGACUAUCGCUACACUUACGAUGAGGCAAUCCACUCAGUUGCCUGGCAUCACGAGGGCAAGCAGUUCAUUUGCAGUCACUCAGAUGGGACUCUGACCAUAUGGAACGUCAGAGGCCAGGGCAAACCCAUACAGACAAUCACCCCACACGGAAAACAGCCCAAGGACGGAAAGAAGCCAGAGCCUUGUAAACCCAUUCUCAAAGUGGAGUACAAAACCACUAGAAAUGGGGAACCCUUCAUAAUCCUGUCUGGUGGUCUGUCCUAUGACACUGUGGGCCGGCGGCCUUGUUUGACGGUAAUGCAUGGGAAGAGUACUGCUGUGCUGGAGAUGGACUAUCCUAUAGUAGACUUCCUCACACUGUGUGAGACACCGUACCCUAAUGAUUUUCAGGAACCUUACGCUGUGGUGGUCCUUCUAGAGAAGGAUUUAGUGGUGAUCGACCUUGCACAAAAUGGUUAUCCCAUAUUCGAGAACCCCUAUCCUCUGACUAUCCACGAGUCUCCUGUGACCUGCUGCGAGUACUUUGCCGACUGCCCUGCGGACCUCAUACCUGCACUUUACUCUGUUGGCUCGCGGCAGAAACGACAGGGCUACAGCAAGAAGGAAUGGCCUAUUAGUGGUGGAAACUGGGGUCAAGGUACACAGAGCUAUCCAGAGAUCAUCAUCACUGGGCACGCUGAUGGAACUGUGAAGUUCUGGGAUGCCUCUGCAAUAAUGCUCCAGGUGCUCUAUAAGCUCAAAACAGCCAAAGUGUUUGACAGGAACCGGUCCAAGGAAGACAAGGGCAGUACUGAGGUGUCAGAUGAAGACCCCUUUGCUAUUCAGAUCAUGGCCUGGUGCCCUGAGAGUCGGAUGCUGUGUGUGGCCGGGGUGUCAGCCAAUGUUAUCAUCUACCGCUUCAGCAAGCUGGAAGUAACUACUGAGGUGGUGCAGUUACUAGAGGUUCGAAUGCAGUAUGAGCUGAAUGACAUAGACACUCCAGACGGCGGGGGAGAACAGACAUCAGCGCUUCCCACCCCUGGUGCCUCCCCUCAGACAAGUGGCCCACCUUCACACCCCUCCACCAGCAGCAACAACUCUGAUGGCAGCAACAUUCCCUGCCUCAAAGUGCGUAGUACUCCUCUGAAGCAGUCUCCUGGUUACCAGGUAGAUCUGGUGGUCCAGUUAGUGUGGGUGAGUGGAGAGCCUCCUCAGCAGAUCACAAGUCUGGCGCUCAAUUCCUCCUACGGCCUAGUGGUGUUUGGCAACAGUAACGGUCUGGCGGUGGUGGACUACAUCCAGAAGACGGUAGUGCUCAACUUGGGGACGGUCGAGCUUUACGGCUCCAAUGACCCCUACCAGAGACAGCCCCGCUCGCCAAGAAAGACCCGACAGCCCUCUGGAGGUCUGUGCGACAUUAACGAGGGCUCAGCCACAUCAGAGGACCGCUGCAAGUCCCCUACUUCAGCAAAGAUGUCACGGAAAUUAAGCUUGCCUACUGAGCUAAAGCCAGACUUGGUCCUUCUGUCUGUAUGCCCGCCGCGGGGUGCCAACCCAUUAGACCACCGGGACAAUUCUUUCAGCCGCUCGCGCUCGUCCAGCGUCACCAGCAUCGACAAGGAAGCACGAGAGGCCAUCAGCUCCUUCCACUUUUGUGACGCCUUCGCCCGGAAGGGGGACAGCACUUUGACGCCCUGCCUGUAUGUGGGCACUACCCUGGGCACCGUGCUGGCUCUAGCUCUCACAUUGCCGCCUGCUGGGGAGCAACGGCAACUGCAGCCAGUUCUCAUUUCACCUACAGGUGGGAAAUGGGACAUCAGAAGGGAGGGAGCGAUGGAAAAUAGAUAUAGUUAUAGCAUGUUGGUACGGCUGAAGGGCAGCAUCAUGCGGAUGGCUUUCCUGGACUCAACAGGUUCCCUCCAGCCCCCUCCUUAUGAGCCUUGGUAUGAACCCAACGUGACAGCAGAUGGGGAAGAAAGAGAGAAAGUCCGUAAGCGCAGGCCCGUCUCAGUGUCCCCAUCCACCUCCCAGGACCUCAGUGAGAGCCAGUAUGCUGUGGUGUGUUCAGAGAAACAGGCCAAAGUCGUGUCCCUCCCAUCCCAGACCUGCAUCCAUAAACACAGUAUCACAGAGGCUUCCUUCAUCCUGCGGGCAGAUGUGGUGCAGAUGAGCCAAGGCGUGUGUGUGGCGUGUUUCUGCGCCAAUGGCCACAUCAUGACCCUCAGUGUGCCGGGGCUGAGACCGCUCAUGGAUGUAAACUACCUGCCUUUGACAGACAUGCGGAUAGCCAGAACGUUCUGCUUCACCAACCUGGGUCAGGCCAUGUACCUCUGCUCCCCCACUGAGAUUCAGAGGAUCACUUACAGCCAGGACAUCUGUGAAAACCUGCAGGAGAUGCUGGGUGAGCUGUUUACACCCGUGGAGACACCAGAGGCCCCUAACAGAGGGUUCUUCAAAGGUCUCUUUGGGGGCGGAGCCCAGUCACUGGACAGAGAGGAGCUAUUCGGUGAGAUAGCAUCUGGAAAGGCAAACCGAAGUCUGGCCCAGCACAUCCCAGGCCCAGGUGGCCUUGAGGGAAUGAAGGGGGCAGCCUCUGGUGUGGUUGGAGAUCUGGCCCGCGCCCGGAUAGCACUGGAUGAAAGAGGCCAGAAACUGGGCGAGCUGGAUGAGAGGACAGCUGCUAUGAUGGCCAGCGCAGAUGUCUUUUCCAAACAUGCUCAUGAGAUGAUGCUGAAGUGCAAAGACAAGAAAUGGUACCAGUUCUGAUCGGUGACCGGGAAGGAGCAGAGCUCCAUGGACACAACUGUCACCUUCCAUUGGCUCAUUUGGACUCAACCUUGACCCCCCCACCCAUCCGUCUGUCCAUUCAUCUAUCCCUCCAAGCCUUCUUCACUUGGACACUUGGGAUUUUCUUCCCUAGCACAAUGUUGAAUACUGUUCUUACCUCAGUCUUAGGGUGGAGCUGAGGGGGAGACAGGGGAGAAGGACAACCUCAGAGGGAGCAAAUAAAUUGUGUCUUUUUUUUGUCGUUUCUUGUUUCUUUGUUUAUCUCUGUUCAGCCUCUCCUCCAAGGUAGCCAAUUGGCCCACACACCUGGAGAUUCUUCAUUCUCAUUUGCCAAAAUGUCCUUUACUGUUGUCUCCACUCCGAGCCCAUUGGGGCCGGUAUUCAAACCGACGAACACAGCUGAAAAAAGACAAAUAUUUAAUGAAGAAACAGACUACAAAAAAUUCUUAAAAUGUAAAAAGAAGGGAAAAUAAUCUAAAUACAUCAUUAUAUAUACAUAAAUCUAAUAAAUGUGCAACACUGUAUCCACUUCAGAGUGACAAGUACUAAAGAAAGGGAGAACUCAUCGAGGAAACAAGAGCCGGGUUUGAAGGCUGAAGGAGGCAGCAUUGGAGAGCAACAGGAAGUGCUGCGACAGUGACGCCUCCUCUAUGCAGAGAGUUACAGGGAUAAAAGCAACUUAUUCUUAUGUACACUGGAUAUUUCACGCUAGACUCUCCUCUGUAUCUUACAGAUUUUCAUAUCGUUACCAACAGUGUGUGUGUUAAUUUCUAUUUUCUUGCCAUUCCUCAAUUUGUUAUUUGUUGGGUUUUUUGCUCCGUCUGUAUUAUCGGAAAAUCUCUUAUUUUUCUAUUGCUGUGAAAGUGGAUGAUAUUUGAUUUGUUAAAAAAAUAUGUUUUGUGGCUUUUGUCUUUACAACUCAAAUUAAUUUCUCCUUAUGAAAAGGGCUGGAAUCUAAAUGGAGGGCAAGGAUAUAAAAGGCAUAUAUCAUUUAGUACUCACUGACAUGGCAACAUCAGAUUUCUUGGCUCUGAUAUCUUAAGCACGUAUGAACCACACGCGUUUUAUGGUUUACCUUUCAUUUAUUGACCUAUCUGAUGUGAUGUGUGUGAACUGCCUCCCUCACCCUCUAAUGUCAUAAGCUUCCGCACUUUGGCUUAGUCUGUGAGUGUGACUACAAAUGCUGAUGAGAUGAAGUGUUGAAUACGUUUAUAGUUUAGCCAGAUUUAUUGGGUUUUCAGGAGUUUUUAAAUUUUAGAGUACACAUCAGCAUGGAAAUUACAUACACAUAAAUAGAAAUCCUUUCUAUGUGUAUUCACAUAUGCAGGAUACUGGAAAUAUGGAUGUAUAAUCCUUUAAAAAAAUAUAUUUGAAAACAUAUUUCAGUUUUUUGGGACAGUUGGCUGUAUGAGAAAUGUCUGCACGAUUUCUUAGUCAGUUAUUUAUUGAGGUGCGAGAGACAGUUGCGUUUGGUGUCAGAAACUUUCACCUUCAUUAAUAUCUCGUUUCUAUUUCCAUAUUUGCAGUGAAGCUCAAAUGUGGUGUAUCUCUCUGUCUACCUGGCUUUUAACCUUUAUUUGUAUAUAAGUAAAUAGUUUGACAAUCUAAGACCAACUGGAAAGUAAAUUGUUAAGGUUGCUCGAGCAACAUAAGAGGAGAGAGGCCAUAUUUUUUCUGACGCCAAAGAGUUGCUUUAGCUUUUUCCAUUGCGUUAUUGUUUGGUCACUCAAUGCGUCUCGACACCAGACAGUAUACAGUAAUAUGUGUAAUACAGUAUAUAGCUUCACCCAUUGAGUGCAAACCCAGGAUCAGGUCCAUUUAGGAAUAUUAUCAUCUUUCGGCACCUUUCAGGGUUCAAGAAAUGGAGCAAGUUGCAAUGGAACUCAGCCAUUUAUAGUAUUAUUGUAUCACAAUAUGUCAUAAAAAUGUAACAUUUGGACUAAUGUUUAAUGUUUGAAGUGACCUAAGUGUUGGUUGAAAACAAAAACCUGAACCAUUUCAUGACAGGCCAGACACAACAAUAUUUAUGGUAUUCAUCUGUGUGUGUGUGUGUGUGUGUGUGUGUGUGUGUGUGUGUGUGUGUGUGUGUGUGUGUCAGGGUGUAUUCAUGUGUGUUCAAGUGAUAUGAUUAAAGGUUUUUGGUUGAUUGAUAAUUAAUGUUGAUGUCCUAGCCUCAGCAGUCUAUGUCCAGUUGAGUGUUUUGUUACACUAACUAAAGCCACCAGUGACGACAAAACGGAUAACAAUAGGAUCAUGAGAAUUAUACGGAUGACCUUCGAAAUUCUGGUUUAAUUUAACUUGUGCAUGUUCAGUCAUUGCUCACAUGCUUCGACUCUCCUUCACCUUUCAGUCUUUGUCCUCUGAAUUCUCUCUUCUUCCAGUGAGUCUUCCACUGACUCUGUUGGUUCCACAGCUACAGAUAGGGCCCUCUCUGUGUUUAGUAAGCAUUGUUGUGUGGAUGUUAGCAGGUAGGUCUUUGCCCACCAAGGUGAAGAAGAGGGGGAAAAAACAACUUCAGGAAAAAUAACUAGUUUUAGCUGUAGGUCAUCCCCGAAAACCUGUUCAAUGUCUUUCCAUUCACCAAACAUUUGUGUGUUUCUUUUUUUUAAUGUUAUACUUUUUCCAUCUUUAAGUGUGUUAUUUCUUGCCCAUACACUACCGAAUGCAGUAUUCUUACCCGAUACAAUCCACACAUCUAAACAACAUGAGGGAGUCCUGUCUAUCUGCCAUAUGCCAUCUUCUGUCCUGGAUUCAACAGUUAUCAGUGGGUUGCAGUAUUUUUCUCAUUGUAGCCAAUUUUCUUGUACAGUUUUAUGCAACUUUCACAUGGAUGUUUAUGACUUUAUCUGCUGCCACAAAAGUUUAGAAAUUCUGUAGAAAUUACUGUGCAAUGGAAAAUAAAAGUGGAAAAUGUG